CUUGCUGAAGGAGCUGAAAGUUACUGAUUCUGGGAUGUACAGAUGCAGCAUGAAAUUCAUGCAGCUGGGUGAGGAAUAUGGGAAUGGAACACAGCUCACAGUCAGAGUUUCAGGAAUCGGUGCCAAGAAGUUCCAAGUUUUUCAGAAACUUCCAAGGAUUCUGGCAGAUGAGGGUCAAUCCGUCCUCAUCCCAUGCGAGUGGACAGGCAAUGUCUCCCUGACAAUAGGCUCUUUUAAAUGGUUGAAGGAUGGUGCGGAAGUUUCCAAUCAGACAGCGAAGUACACAGGGCGAGUGCACAGACCCCAACAGGAUUUCAUCCACAGCCGCAAUGCUUCCCUCUUGCUGAAGGAGCUGAAGGUUACUGAUUCUGGGAUGUACAGAUGCAGCGUGAAAUUCAUGCAGCUGGGUGAGGAAUAUGGGAAUGGAACACAGCUCACGGUCAGAGUGAAACCAAAAAGUAGCACUACGCUAUGGUUAUUCCUGUUGAUUGGUGGCUUGAUAGAACUAGCUCUCCUGUUAAUUGCUGUGUUCUACUAUGUGAAGUUACACAGAGCAAAAGGUGCUCAACCGGCUCAAAGACAAGUCCAAGUUGUUUCAGAGAUAUUCUGCGUAGAUGAUAUUCUAACUUUACCUGUCAUGGAUGAAGUGCAGAAUCUGGAUCAAGACGAGAGUGAACUGGAAUCUGACACACUGUGCAUGGUUGAAAACAAUGAAGACACAUCGAUUUACACACCUAUGGAAAGUGUAAAGACCUUCAGCAACUCAACAGCGACUGAGAUGGAUUGCCAAAUUCCUCCGCCCAAACUAUGGAGAGCUUCAUCAUUUGGUGUACAAUACGCAACAUUAGUGUUAGACAAGACAUGCGGAUCAUCUUCUCUGAACAUGAUUGCAGAAGGCGAUGAUUUAGAGCAUGAUUAUGGAUAUGACGAGCUUAAUGUAACAGCAAAACGGUAUCCUAAACCUGAAGGCAUACCAAAGGACGAGGAAAAUGGAGAAAAUCCUCAGGAGUGCACUGAAGUAGUGAAUAAAUAGGACAAUGGAGAAAUUGCACCUAAUCUUCUGAUUUCAGUGCAGAGGCUCGUGAACAUAUCUGGUGUGACAUCAGGCCUUGUUUAAUUCUUAUUUGAUACACAGGAUUAGACAUGAUAUACAACAGAAAAAAUCAGUCCAGUACAAGCAUUUCAGACCUGUGCUGAGACUCCACUCGAACCUGUCUCCAUCUUUCUUUUUUAAAUCUAUCAUCGGAACCCUUUAUGCUCAUUUCUCUUAUUUGCCUCUCAAGUUUCCUGUUUAGUGCAUCAAUACUUUGAGCUUUAACCACACCGCAUAGUAAGAUGUUCCACAUUCUGACCGAGCUGACACGAUGAAGCAUCUAAUAACAAUUGGACGUUAUUUACCUUAUACUGAAGACUCAUAAUUAUGCUCUUCCCCGCAAAAGGAAACAUUCUUUCUUGAUCUACUUUGUUAAAACUGUUCAUAAUUUCAAAGAAUUGCACUGAGACUCUCCUUGACUUGUAUUGUUGUUUUCAUUUCUUGUUCUUGAGAAACAAAGGAAGAAGUUUUUAUUUUCAGUGCCUGUUCUGCUUCCAGGACAUUUCAAAGCACUUUACAGCCACUGAAGGCAUCUGAUAGCAAAUGUCCUUCUCUGUAUUUUAAAAUGUAUUUGUGUAAUCCGAUAAGCAUUGUAACUCACUGUAUGAGUCAUAGUGUAUCAAUGUUUUGAUGUGUUUUACACAUUCUUGACCUGUAAUGUUGCGUUGGGAUACUAUUUGGUUCUCUAAAUCAGAAUGUUUCUUAUUUUCAUUGUUUCCUGGUUGGCACUGGGUUCAGGGUUAACAAACAGAACUGGUGCCUGGCCUCUUUAGCCAAACAAUAAGCACCCUGCUUCUCCAGUGGUACAAAUUGAUGUUUCCUUUGGAAAUUGGAAUUCUUGCAUCUGUCCUGGGGAAUUUCAAUGAAGUGUUUUGACACAUAGGUUCUGACUAGUGCAUUAAAUGCUGGACAGAAAUAAAUAAUUGGAUGAUGUCAAUUUGACGUUGACAGCCCUGAACCAUAUUUUGCUAUAUAUGCCCAUGUUUUUAUCCUGAAACUGACAGGCACAGUUAAACUAUCUGUCUUAACCUACCAGGCCCACAGAAAACCCACAGGCUAUGUGGAAGUUCAUUUUGUACAUCAGCCAACAUCACCCUUCAAUGGCUUUCGUGGUCAGUAUAAUUGGGCUGGUGCCAUGCUCCCGCACGUCUGAUCUGAGCUGUGAUUAAGAGGAUGACAGAACCCAUGUUGAAAGCCAGAUUUGGAGUGGUCUUUGGCCUCCUCUACAUUGGUGGGAGCAGAGCUCUGAGUAAAGGUCACUUAUGCUGCUGCCUGGUUCUCCACAUUAAUUUCAAGUUUGGAGCUUGGCCAGAAGGCUAAUAGGGAAAUGGUGUGCUUACAAUUGAAAUUUUCAUGACUGGAAACACUAUUCUGAAUGAAGGAGUGAGGUCCAGUGACGUAGUUAAGAAAGCAUGUUUCUAAGCAUGAGAAAGAAGGUUCAGUUCUGCAUCUGCUAUUUCUCUAACAUUGAAUAUCCUCUGUAAACCAUGUUGCACCUGAUACAAAAUGAAAGUGACUCAUGUCUAUCAAUGACUGACAACAUAUUCAAAAAUGAAUCAGAACUGUUGUAGCCACCCAAGCCUAAAGUUGACGAGAUGGCCAAACAAAGGUUGACAGCUACAUACAGCAAAGUUUCAAAGCCAAACUUGUGGUCUCCAUUUAGAGACAGUGAAUAAGAUAAGAUUCCCCGUAGAAAGAAACAUUACAGAAGUUAAUCAGACUUCUGUGAACAGGCAAUUCUAAACAAGAAGCAUUUUAAUAAGGGGUAAUUUUGAAAGUCGUGCUUUAGCCACAGUCCCAAGUUUGUUAUUUAUUGAAAAGUAGAUGGAGUGUCUGAUUCUACAGAAUUCUGAUUUUUUUUAGGUAACUGUAGAAUUAGAAAAGCAACAACACCUGAGUGUGAAAGGUUAAUUGCAUUCCUUGAGGUAAUGUGUGUAGGCAGUAAAGACACCCAUUGUGUUAUUAGGGAAGAUAAGGUUACAAAUGGUAGAAACACAACCUCUAAAAGACUAUUGGCACAGGAAGAGGGCAGUGGAAGGUGGUAAAAAGAGGUCAUGACUAGGGAGAGAUAUAAAAUUGUAGCUUAAGUGCAGAUGUAGAUAAUUUGAACAAAUUCUAACAUCCAAAGAUCAAGGGAAGAGUGACAAAAAAGAUUAAAAAUACAGAAUGAAAAUAUGGUUAUGAACCCUAGUUAUCUGUGGAAUCUAAACAAGUUUCAUUUAAAGACGUGGUAAGACUGUAAAAUGAUUAAAUUUCACAACUGUCAAUGGAAUUCGAAUGGAUGCUUUUUAUUGAGAAAUGAAAAUUAGCAAUGGAAAGUGCUUAGGGUAGAAACAGUA